AUGUGCAAUUACCUAGAAUCGGUUGGACCAGUCACUGUGGCUUCGUACAGGAGAAGACAUCAGCUCGCGGAGGAGGUGCCAGGGCUCUACAUUCGACGCCUCACGCUCGAGGACCCCAGGAGAGCGCGGGAACCCUCGAGUUCAAGGUCACAGUCACCGGCACGCCAUAUCUGUCAUCCUGCCGCCGGUUACGUACCCUCCUCCAGGAGAUCCUCGAGUUAUAGAUCCUGGCUGGAGAGGAUCCGGAAGGAUAGGCCGCCGUUCCUGACGAUCGUUUCGCUGGAGCUGCCAGACUCCCCAAUCCCUUUGAUCGAAUCUCAGGCGAACUCACGGUCGAAGUCCGAGGAGACGAGUGAAUCCGCCGAAUCCAAGGACGACGUCCUGGCCGAGCUUCUGGAGAAGGUCACGGCGAACGGCGACGGGAGAAAGAAGGAAUCCCAUGGUGGAAGGAAGAGGUCCUCGAGGAAGUGCCGGGGCGGGCGCAAAAGGGGCGAGGAGCUCGCGGAAUGUACGAAAGGAGUUCCAACCCUCGAAGAAUGCACGAAGAACAUUGUCGAAGGGCCGAACCGUCGCCGAUUGCUGGAGCUCGAUCUGCACGCUAUCGCGGACUGCAUCUGUUCCGAGAUGUUGGAAACUUGCCGGUCGAACGGUAAGAAACGGGAAUCGGGUGCGUCGCGAUCGCCGAGCCCGGAAAUCACUCGCAUCAUUCGGAUCGCGAUGAACUAUCGCGAUCGGUUGAGCUGCGGGAUCGGCGACGAGGAGGAACCGGGCAAAGACAGAAGAUCGAAACCGGAUGCAACCGGAAGGGACGCGCCGGUGAAAAAGCAGAUCGUCAAGGAGGACGGUUGUUGCAGCAACGAGAACGACGCCUUAGAUUUCACGCUGAAUUGCUGCCGCGUGCAACUGACAGCCCGUGGCACGAACGCAAAGGCAGCAGUGGGUGGCGGUGGAUCGCAACAGGCAUCCGAAACGCGAACUUACCCUGUCCCGGUUUUCCCCGUGAACCCUUACAUCCGUAAACUUUAGAACGCCGAUUAAUUCGUUUACACAUUAUGUGAAAAAAAGGUACCCAGAAUUUGUAAAUAAAACAAGAAGAACGUUCGUCAAGA